GAUUGCCUCCUCCUUCAAUAGCAUCAUCAUCAUCAUCUCUCUCCCCUCCGACCGAUACCGAUUCUCUUGACGAUCAUCCACCUCCGUCUAAUCACCGACAUCCUUUUAAUCUUCGCCUUGCGAUUGUUUCUCACUUUCAAUCGCGACCGGCGUUUCAUCGACGAUCGUACUUGAGAGUUUCCUCUUUCUAUCUCUCAUCUGGAUAUUGCAUUGUUAUUUGAAUGAACUCGGAAAUACAUUUCAAGAAUGACUUCGAACAUGUUUGCUGGAGAGAAAAGAUGGUCUUCAACAAGAAGAAGUGCCAUGACUGUCUUGGGAAAGGUUGCUGUCCCAAAACCCUUGAAUUUACCCAGUCAAAGGUUGGAAAAUCAUGGAUUGGACCCAAAUGCUGAAAUUGUUCCCAAGGGGACCAAUAACUGGGGAAAUCGAUCCACGGGCAAUGCAUGGAACUCCUUAGCAUUGUCUCCAAAAAGUGAUGGUGGCAGUGGAUUUUCAAGUGAUGUUGGUGCUCGGCCAUCAUCUGGUGGUAGUGGUACUCGACCAUCAACUGCAGCUAGCGAUAGAGGGCAUGAACCUGUUCCAAGUUCAUGGGGUUCAAAUUCUAGGCCAUCAUCAGCCUCUGGAGCAUUGUCAUCAAACCAAUCAGCAUUGACAUCAUUACGUCCUCACAGUGCAGAAACAAGGCCUGGAAGUAGCUCACAACUGUCAAGGUUUGCUGAGACUUUAACUGACAAUUCAGUUGCUUUGGCUCCACCUGGUAUAUCAGAUAAAUUGGGUGGAUCAUCAUCUACAAAUGAUGCGUUCAAUCUGAGCUCCGGAGACUUCCCAACUCUUGGUUCACAGAAAGACAGUGGAAAAAAUACAGAUUACAGAGAUAAUGGAUCAACUUCUCGUCCUAGUUCCUCAUCUGGUAUGACAGCUUCAGUAAAAGAGAAAAAAACAGAUGCCUCUGUUGGUGAUGCUAUUGUAAAUGCAAAUGUGAGAACUGGAAAUGUGGAUACUUGGAGAAGAGCUGAUUCUGAGCACUUUGAAGAUGGUGGUACCAAGCAUAGUAUGAACAAGUGGCAAGGAGGAGGAGAACCAUAUGCCUACCCAAAUGCCACCAUGCCACCUCAGCUAGUAGAUGCAUGGCGUGCACAUCAAAUGAAUGCUUCUUCUCCAGGUGUCUGGUAUAGAGGGCCUCCGGGAGGUCCACCUUAUAGACCCCACCUUGGCCCCGGUGGUUUCCCACUCGACCCUUUUCCUUAUUAUGGUCCUCAAAUUCAAACUCCUGGUCUAGCAAACACACGGCCAAUGCCACCUCCCAAUAGCAGACCAAGGGGGCACCAUCCUGGGAAUCCUGAUCUUUACAGGCCCCACAUUCCUGAGGCCUAUAUGCAUCCUAGUAUGCCAAUUAGGCCUGGAUUUUAUCCCUCUCCCAUGCCCUAUGAAGGUUACUAUAGACCACCUAUGGGUUUUGGUUCUGCCAAAGAACAUGAUAUUGCUUUUACUGGUAUGCCACCUGGUCCUCCCCCUGUUUAUAACAUGUAUUCUGGGGAACAUUCAUCUGAUCCUGGUAAAGAGCAUGCUAGACCAAGUGCUGAUGGUUGUGCAGGGAACUCCCUGGGAUUGGAGCGCGUGGAAUCUGUUUAUCAACACGAUAACCAAGGACAAUGCAGAGUUAUCUUGAAGCAUCAUCAUGAAACAGUUGGAAAGGAGGAAAACAGUGACGGGAAGCAAACAGUCUCAAUAGUUGAUAAAAGAGGCCCAGAGCGGGCAAUAGAAAAGAAUGAAGGAGGAAAUGGCAGAACAAAUGAAUUGGUAAGAACUCAUAAACAAGAGUCAUCAUGGUCUGUUGGAAGUCAGAAACAUGAUUCAGAUAUGUCCAAGUCAAAUAUUCCUUUUGGCACAAGUAACACGAACAACACUAAUGUUGGCUUGGCAACUAGAUCUAAACAUUCAGUAUCAAGUAAUCCUCAAGUGUCCCAUGUUUCAACAACCACUCCAAAACCCAUUUUAAUACAAAAGAUUGAAGGUCUAAAUGCAAAAACUCGGGCUUGUGACUCGGGCACUAGUAUAAGAGGCAACUUUCAAGCAAAUGAUAGAAACCGUGGAGGUGGAGACCUUAUCCAGUCAGAGAAGGUGGGUGUUCCUCUGCAAGAUAUUAAUCCCAAAUCAACAACUUUUACUGAAGCAGCUAUUCCAAGGGUACUCGGUCAUGAGAUGCAAGGAAAACUUGAUCAUUAUGGCAGAAGGUUUAAUGCUCAAGGUGGGGAUGGGUGGCAAAAGAAGCCUCAUGCCGUUGAGUCUGCACAUGCUAUUUCAGUGGGAAAUGCUAAGUUAGGUACUCCCUGUUUACAAGAUCUACAGAUUUCCGAGGAUGCUGUUGAGAAACCUAGAACCAGCCUUAGAGGCAACAAAGUUGAAGGAGAAACUUCAUGUGCAGAGUUUGAUAAGAGCAAUGGCGAGGCACAACGUGCUAAAAUGAGAGAAAUGGCGAGGGAGCGUGCAAAACAGUUGCAGAAGGAAGAGGAAGAGCGGAAAAGAGAGCAGAAGGCAAAGGCUUUGUUAAAGUUGGAAGAGUUGAAUAAACGCACUUUGCCUGCUGAUGGUUUGGUUCAGAAAGUUGAAACACCUGCCACACCCACUUGUGUCAAUGAGCAAGAGAAUAGGGAAGGUCCGGUUGUGGUUGGGUCAGUUGCAGUUGCUGCCAAGAUUAAUACAUCUACCUUAAAUCUAGUUUCUACCAAAGGGGUUACAGAGAGCAGUACUCAAAUCACUGACUCCACUGAAUAUAAAGUUCCUCCUCAAUCUGGUGAAGGUAGCAUGUCUAGACAUAAACCCAUGGGCCACAACAAACAGAAGCAGAAUAGUACCAGAGGUAAGAUAUUGAUGGAGAAACCAAGUGUUGCUACACAUGUUAAACUCGAAGUGCCAGGGAGUCUUAAUCAAGUAGUAGCAAAUGGCUUUCCUUCUGAAGUUGGUGGUGGUGUUGAUGAACGUUUCCAUAAUGGGGAUUUGAGCUUGCUCAAUAGCUCGAAAAAUGUGGAUGAGCCUCCAGCAUUUUACAGGAAGAAAAAUAACAGGAGCAGCAAGAUGAAGCCAAAGGUUGAUGAUGACACAACAGUCAAGAAUCCUGUUCAUGUAUCAGCUCCAUCUGAUUCCAUGGAACAUUCUGUUGGAAGGGAAAUGCCGCAUGCAUUAGAGUCCAAGCCUGAUCCCAACUCUUCUUAUGUGCAAAAUGACGCUAUUACAAUUGAAGAGGCAAACUGUAAGCCUCAAAGAUCACACCCUUUGCCUAAAAAUCAGCAUACAAAUAGGAGUCUGGAAAAAUUUAGGGCCAGUGAUGGUGCUAUUUGGGCUCCUGUGAGGGUGGUCCAAACCAAGAUAGAGGUUUCAGAAGAGGCAAGUGGAAAGAUAUCUGAUGAAAUUCCUGUUGGCAAAAGUGACACCGAGGGGGGGCAGAACAAUCAGAAGAGCAAGAGGGCUGAAAUGAAAAGGUAUGUCCCCAAACCAGUAGCUAUGGGCCACACACAGCAAGUACUGGUGUCAUCUUCUGAUGAUCAGGCUGUACCAAAUGAGGUGGUGGUAGAGAGAGAUGAACCCGAUUCUCAGAAAAUGGUGGGUAGCGACCCUCCUCAGUACAAGCAAAAGAAAAUACAAGGAUCCUGGCGCCAGAGGGAGUCAACUAAUGCACAUAGCUCCCACAAUGUCUCAAAGGGCGAACCAAAGUCUUCUGAUGAUACUAGGAGGAGUUUUUCUGAACAUUCUGACUCGACUUCGGCGGUUGUGACACAAUCAAUGAAAGAUGAGAGACAGGAUGGCCAAAGGCGAUAUCCAUCAAAGAGUCAGAAAAAUAUGGCAAGUAACUCUUCUCACAAAACCAUGAAUUAUUAUAAUAAUAAUAAUAGUGGCGGCCAUUCUGACAAUAAUUCAAGUCAAAAGGAAAAGGGUAAUAAUAAUGCUUUGAAAGAAAGCCGUGGUGGGAUUGUGGGGGAUGGAAAUGCAUCAUCUCAUUGGCAACCUAAAUCCCAGUCAAAUUCUCAUAUCCAACAAAACAGAAGGUCAGGUGGAAAGAAUUCUGCUGCUGCUUUCACAGAAGAAGGAAAUAAUGUUAUUAUUGGUUGGUCAGAGAAUAAUGAAGAAAGAGGCGAGGAAAGAGUGAAGCUUCCUGUGGAUCAAGGAAAGAGUCAGGAUGUUAAGAAAGAAAUGAAAACAGCAGCAGCUGCACCUGCAAAGAAAGGGGGGAGUCCUUCCUCUCCAAAUCAAAAUCCUAAUGAAAUGGUGGUAGAGUCAUUCCCUGUGGAUACAACGAGAUCAUCAUAUGUGCGGCAUUCAGGGGGGUUGUACAAAAAUGGGAACCAAAACAAUAGUCGUUACGGUAGAGGAGGAGGAGGAGGAGGAGGCUAUGAAUAUGGAAAUAAUAAUAGUGGUGAUAGGCAGAGGCAGAACAACAACAACUCACGUUUAGAAUACAAGCCGGUUGGACCACCCAACACCACCACCACCAGUAAGAAGCCAAACAACAACAACAACCAGUUUGAAGUAUUUGCGGAAAGCUCUCGGCCCAAGUAUAGGGAGAAGAAUCCGCAUUAAUUGGACCCCCUCAAACAUGCCAGUGCAUUAGUGGUGGGUGAAGGAUUAUUAGGUUGAAAAGCUCCACUUCCCACUGUUCGUACCUCUUCUUAUAAGUAUAUCUUACUACUACUUGACAUUGAAAUGUUGGCUGGCUGGGGGUGGUAGGCAUUGCCAUUUGCUUGCAGGGAGGUGGUGAGAGUGCUACUUGGGACUUCUUUUUCUUCCUCCUGAUUAAAAACUAUAAAAAAAGAAAAGCUGUUGUAACUCUCUUCUGAUUUCGGUUCCCCUCUUAGUAUGUGACCACCAAUUUGUAUGCCUUUUAUUGCUUAAGUGAAGAAGGAGGAGACUGCUGCUGCUGCUGCUGUUGCUGCUGUCUUCUCUGUAGUUCAAACAGUUGUUAGUUCUUCUUCUUCUUCAUACGGGUAUUUUUAAAGUGGGGGCUUUCUCUUUAUUUAAUCUUUGAUGGAUAUGAUACUUGAUUGAUCAGUGUCUUGUACUGGCCCAUUGCAGUCACUUUCACGAAAAUCAUCACAAACUUAUAAUUAUAUUUUCUUGAUUUGCAGUGGCAGUAGUAGGGCAGCAAAAUGUUUGUUAU